GCAUAUAGAUUUCUUCGUUAAACUCUAUAAUUAAUCUGGCAUCACGCCCAGUUUAUUUAUUAGUUGACAGCUAAAAAGUGUGGCAGCACGUCAAUCAUUUCUAUCAAUUUGUAUUGUCAUUCUGUUCGGCAAAAAGCAAUUCUAACAAAUAGGAUAAUGGAAUCGAAACAACAAAUUUUGAACGUAUCGUCCGAAUGGGCAACCCCAGUUCACCACAAUGCCUUAAUGCAAACGAAAUUGAAGUUACCCGUGGAUAAUACUGAACAGGACUGGGUAAUGCAAGUUGUACGCAGUAGAGAAGGUGAGGGUAUGCCACUCAAAAUGGCUAUGGAAUUACAUGCUGCUAGUAAAGUAGGGCGGCUUCCAUUUCUUAAUUCAAGCAACAUGAUGCGUGAUAUCAUACUAGCUAGAGAUGAAAUGAUUGAUUUCUCUGAUAUACUCGGUCAUCCAGAUAACUUUGAGUUCCAGAACCAACCUCACGCCACCGUCGAAAAAAUGAUGGAAGAAAACCCUAACUAUAUGUAAACUGGUUAUAAUUUAUAGUAAUGUAAAAAAUUUUUACAUAAAUACAUGAAAAUUUAGCUGUAAUCUGUAAA